AUGUACUUGGCUGCAUUAUACCAUAAUACUUACAAACAGCCCAUCCAUGGGAUGAAUGGAAAAAAUAUGUGGCCUUCUACUGACUUGAUACCCCAUUUGCCUCCAUUGAAAAGAAGUAUGCCAGGUAGGCCAACCAUAAAGAGAAGAAGAGAUGCUUCUGAACGGAUGGGAAAACAUACCGUCUCCAAGGCAGGGAAGAAAGUUUCUUGUAGCAUAUGCAAGGAGAAAGGACACAACAAGGCUACUUGUAGUAAAGGAGUAGGGGAUGAUGAGGUAAUCGUAGAUGCUACUGAUGCUUUGGAUAGGCCUGGAGAUGAAGAGCGAAUGGUGGGAGUUAAUGGACGAGAUGAAGGGGUGAAUGUCAAUGCUCGAGUUAAGCAUGUUAAACCGCCUAAAAUGCGAAAGAAGUCAGAACGAAUCAUUAAACUGAAGCUUGCAAAAAAUGUGGGAGGUGAAGGUAGCAGUGUUGCAACGGCCAUGGAGUUGGAUUAA